AUGCUGAACACAGAAACAGGCAGAAUUGGACGAUGAGCUUUUAAAUGGGCGUAUCACACUAACUGAGAGGUUCCACGGGAAUGUAAACUUCAUCAUUGGAACUAUUCCGGUGUUUAUUCAUAACGGACGCAUUGCCAAUAUGUCUGAUUCAGGCCUCCUGUCUGAUUCCAAACAAUGUUUUCCGAAUCCAGGUAAAACCAUGAUAUCGGGAAUUGACGAAGAGCCAACGGAGAAUGGUCAUGAUGAGGAGUUGAAAGAUGGCAUAUUGGAACCGCCAGAAAUGUAUAUGAAAGACAGGCGAAGAGCAAAAUCCCUGCCCGCGUACCCAAAGCAGGCUACGCUUUUUGAAGAAAUAGCCAAUAACGGCCGAAAACGGGUGAAGUUCGCAGACUCCAUGGGGCUUGAUUUGGCAAGUGUGAAGCACUUCAGCACAACAGAAGAACCGCAAAUCCCUUCCAAGGUAUUUUCAAGACUGCAGAGCUUUCCCCCUCAACAACAGGACCGAGAGUAUCCGAUUGGGGACCUGUGCAUAAACUUUCAAUCCACCUUGACCAUGGACCGUCUCGUCCCAACUUUCAAGAUGCCCGUUGAGUCUGAACAUUUUGAGACCACGGUAUUGCAGCGCCACGUCAACCUGGAGAAGGUGACCAUCACCCGGUUUGACGUCCGUGGGCAGAUUCGGACAAAUAUUCAAAGUUGUUGCACGAGGGAAGUUGGUGUGAGGUACACGUUCAACGAGUGGCUGUCUUCUGUGGACGCGCAGGCGAUACCCAUGCCUGUGGAUGACAAUAUUGUCGGUGAGCGUUAUACCUUUACCUUGUACACACCUCCGUUCCGAGACCCAACUUCCUCGGUGCACUUUGCGGUGUACAUCAGGAAUGACCAGGGCGAGUUUUGGGAUAACAACAAUGGACAAAACUAUACCUUGAAGUAUCACUGUACAGGCAUGGUAAACUACGAGAGCGCGGCAUUUCACGCCACUUAAAACGCGCUCUUAUGCACGUUCGUAAAGUUGGUGUCGUUCAACAAGUGUUCUUAGGAAGUUGUUCUCUAUCACGUGGAUUGAUAUAUACUUUUCAAUAAAUGUAAUAUUUUUCCCCUUUACAUAAUGAUUAUGACUUAUUAAGGCCUACUGAAGAUUGAUGUGCUGACUUUGAACCAAAAAAGGGAACCACUCUGAUCCAUCCUUUUUUUAAAGUAAAACAU